UCCCUGUCUCAGGCCGGAAGUACAACCGACUUUAGCAAGAUGGCGGCCAUCAGUGUGUUUAGUCCGGGGCUGUUUCGUAACAAGGUGGCGAUUGUCACAGGGGGCGGCACAGGCAUUGGAAAAGCAAUAGCGGCAGAGUUGCUGGGACUAGGUUGCAGUGUAAUCAUCGCCUCCCGUAAGCUUGAGCGGCUGAAGGAGACCGCCAAAGAACUGACCAGUAGAAUCGCUCCUGCAAGUCCCGCCCUGCUGACGCCACUACAGUGCAACAUACGCAGAGAGGAAGAGGUGGAAACGUUAGUGAAAUCUACCUUGGGUCUGCACGGAAGGAUCGAUUUUCUGGUUAACAACGGGGGAGGUCAGUUCCCCAGUCCCAGUGAAGCAAUAAGUGCCAAGGGGUGGAACGCUGUGAUCGAUACCAACCUUACUGGGACGUUCUACUGCUGUAAAGCAGUGUACAAUGCGUGGAUGAAGGAACACGGUGGAGCCAUUGUGAACAUCGUAGCGGAUAUGUGGAAGGGCUUCCCUGGCAUGGCGCACACCGGGGCAGCCAGAGCGGCCGUGGAUAACCUGACCAAAAGCCUGGCUAUCGAAUGGGCGCACAGUGGCGUCAGGAUUAACUCUGUCGCUCCUGGUACAAUCUUUUCUCAGACUGCUGUGGAAAAUUAUAAAGACAUGGGCCCCCAGCUCUUUCAAAGCUAUAUCCCAAAGAUACCAGCUAAGAGGCUCGGGCUGCCGGAAGAGGUAUCGCCCACCGUCUGCUUCCUGCUCUCGCCUGCAUCUUCCUUCAUCUCUGGAGAGACCAUUAAGAUUGAUGCUGGGCAAAGCUUGUACCAGUCCCCUUGGGAAGUGCCAGAUCAUAAGAAGUGGCCGGAAGCCCCUGAUGGAGAAAAUGCCAACGCGUUGAAGAGAAUGCUGUCGAACAUCCCCACGCCGAAGCUCUAACGCCUACGCUGGGCGGCAGCACCCUGCAAUAAAGGCAGCGUUCAUUUAAACCACUCAAUUAGGGGCCUAAUUGCCUUUCCAAUUGUUGUAUCAAUAUAUUAAUCCCAACAAGGGGCCUCAUUGUGAGUGUAAAAAGCCACUAAUAUACGUGUUGCUUAAUGGAGCGAUUUCAGAUAGGAAUCAAGUGUUUUGGAGCUGUAGCUAAAGCGGUGACUAUAUCACAUGACCGGGCGAUGGGGCAGAUAGGCACCAACAUGUACAUUAUUGCUAAAUCUCUAUGUACGGUGUUUAUCCAGCUUUGGGGAGAGAAAGGAAACAUCACACAGAUGGUGGUAAAUGGAUAGUGAGUGGCAGAGGCUCUGACCUGGGAAGGAAAUGGGAAGGAAAGUGCGGCUAUAAAUGCGGUUAGAGACUCAGGGAUGAACUCAAUGCACUGAAUUCUCCGAUGCUUGGAAUAAUAGAAGGCACUUUUUGGUCAUUUUUGUAAGGUUUUGCAGAAUUCUUUUGCCUUGGCUGAAACAGGGUGUCUGGCACCUUCCGUAAAUACAGUAAAGGGAUGUUAUUUUUAUAAAUUUAGUAUUGCCAUAGUCAUACAGAUGGUACAUCCCUCUUUAGUUCCCCUUUAAAUGAAAAGAAAGAAACCUAUUCUGUUUUAUGCCAAUGAGAAAAUCUCAAGUUAAAAGCCUGUAAUCAGAGGAAUCGACUGAACUAAUUGUGAGCUCUUGCUCCAUGUAACAAAUUAAAAUGCAAACAUCUUGCACUCUG